AUGGUGGCAACUAGCGACCGGCCAAAGUUGAGUGAAGGCGAGGCGGAAGAGAUCGACGGCGGAGGGAACAGAGAAAGAGGCAAAGAUGCGGGGAAGGGGGUGACCUUGAACUGCACGCUGCCGGUGCCGAGCGUGCAGGAGCUGGUGAGGCAGCAGCGGCCGGACGCCCUGCCCCCGAGGUACCUCCGUGAUGACACAGUGGUGGCUGAUCACCAUCGCGAGUCGUUGCAGGACUUGCCUCGCAUCGACCUGGGGAAGCUGAUGGACCUUGCUUCCCGAUCCACCGAGCUCCGAAACCUUGACUCUGCCUGUCGUGAAUGGGGUCUUUUCUUGUUGGUGAACCAUGGAGUGUCGGAUGAAGGGAUGAGGAUGACGAAGGAGAACGUGCGAGGUUUCUUCGAACUGCCCCACCAUGAGAAGCAGAAGUCAGCCCAGAGGCCCGGAAGUCUCGAAGGUUACGGGCAGGCUUUCGUGACCUACCACGAGCAGAAGCUGGACUGGAACGACAUGAUCUUCCUCAAAUGCCAUCCUCCGCAUGCGAGAAAUCUCGAUCUAUGGCCACAAAAUCCACCCGAAUUCAGGAUGGCACUGGAGAAAUACAGCGAAGAUAUGAGGAAACUGGCAGAGGCGGUAGCGAAGUAUAUUGGAAUGGCGUUGGGAAUUCAUGAAGAGGAACUGGACCUGUUGGCGAAAAGUUUCGGAGAAGGGUCGUGCCAGGUCAGGAUGACUUACUACCCAGCGUGCCCGGAACCUGAGAGAGCAGUAGGCAUGACGCCGCAUGCUGACGCCACGGGGAUCACCCUGUUGACGGAGUGCGGCAACGUCGCUGGCCUUCAGGUCCUUAGAAAGGACAACUGCUGGGUCACAGUUCUGCCUGUUCCCGGCACCAUCGUCGUGAAUUUAGGCCAAAUCAUGGAGGUUUACAGCAAUGGCACGUAUAGAGCACCCGAUCACAGAGUGGUGGUGAACAAAGAGAAGGAGAGGGUGUCCAUAGCAACCUUUUGCAAUCCCAGCCCGUCUCUUCCGGUUGGACCUUCUCCACAGCUCCUCGCAGCCACCGGGCUCCCCCCUAUCUUCCAAACCCUCUCCAGCUCUGAAGAAUUUAUGCAGCGCUUCUAUAGCCGCAAGCUUCUUGAUGCGGUUCCUUUCAUUGACAGCCUCAAGCUGUAGACGCUGAACUGAUGUGUUCAUCCUUUUCAUCUUCUUCUUGGAUCGUGGGUCGUGAAGAUGCUUUGAGGUUGCUCCCCCUAUCCUGACAUUUCAAUAAGACAGUAGAAGUUUCAGAUUGCAGGAGGAUCUGAGUGAGGAGCUGAAUUCCCAUUGGGAACACGCCGCUCUAGGAAGCGCUUCCGUGGCCUUCUCUGGUCUUCAAUCUUAAUCUGUGAACUUCUUUGCAUCUCUAGGUUAAUAUUAAAUUUCAUUUCGCUGUUUUCAACA